UUAACGGCACGGUAAACAUGAGCACCGAGGCUGGCCAGCAGAUUCCGGGCCGCAGGGCCCUGAUGCCCGGUUGGAUGAAAAGCCACAUGGACAGACUCAACACGGUGGCUAAUCUGGACGACAUGUGCAGCUCUCCUCCUGAGACCGAGUCGGGCUUUCUUCGUGACAUGCCACUUUCCCGCUUAACUACUCUGCCCGCUUCACAGACUCCAGCUGGAGCACCAACCAUCCGGGUGAGUGGCGUUAGCAAGUGUGAGCUGCCUCGACUUGCCUCGGAGGAUGCCUUGCGGCACCAAGUGCUGAGCCAUCAUGGACCAAGCCUACAGAGCCUGGGGCGCGACAGCGGUUCGGGCAGUGAAUCUGCCCACACAACGCCCUCUGCCACGCCACAAAGCUCUCCGUCGCUGGUACGGCGCGUGGUGGCAGCAGACUUGACGGCAGUUGGUGUUCCCAUGGUGGAUGGUAGUCGGCUAAAGCCCAAGAAAAAGCCGCCAGCGCGCUUUGCUGUCACCAACUUCGAUCUUAACGCGGUUAGCCCUAACUCGUGGUGAGGGUGUGCAGUUGCCAGAGUAUGAAUCCAGCCAGGAUGGUACAAGAAUGAAAAGGAUCAGCAGGUGCAGCUUGAAUGGUUAGGA